CGAAGAGUAAGAGGCCUUACAAAUGUCAACCUCAAUAUUUCUUCUGUAAACAUAUUUUUUUAAUAAUCAAAAGGAUGUUUUAGAAUUGUAAAAUGGACACUGAGGAAUCAAAUACGGAAAAUAAUAAUAAAAUAUUGAACGUAGAAGACCUCAACAUUGAAAUAUUGCCUGUAAUCUACGAUAUUAUUAAAAGUGUCGAAAAGGACAACCACCACGAUAAUACAGCGAAAACGAGGGAUUCCCAGGACUGUUCUCAAAAAGUAUUAGAGCUACAGAAGCGUUUAGAUCAAGCCAGGACUGAGAUUCGCAUGCUACCGGGCAUAGAUUUCAGUAAAGAACAACAACUCAAUCACCUGGAAGCGUUGAAAACCCAAUUGAGGCUCAAGCAAGAACUCGUACAGAAGUACCGUUACAUAAUACUAGCCAACAACGAGCAACUGGUACAGAGGCUCAGCGAAUCGUAUCCGAUGCGCCGAGCAGCCCAACUAGUAGUUAGGUUAAUGUACAGCGGCAAAAAUUUCAUAGAAGAACAGAAACUGCAGGGAAGACUGACGCCCGAGCAAUUCAGAGCUUUGAUGAGGGACGUCGCCUCGAACUUCCAAAAUCAAAUAAAACAAGCUCAAGAGAACUUACGCAAGAAAAUGAAAUAG